AUGCAGAGCGUCGGGCACGCGCAGGGCGUCGACGCCAGCUCCGGCGCCGUCGGUCCUUGCGGCGCCAGCAGGCGGAGCGGCUUCCACCGCGAGAUGGCGCCGGAGGCGGGCGACGCGACCCGGUGCCUGACAGUGGUGCCCUUGGACGGCCUCAGGCAGCUCCUGCAGGAGCUCAUGCGGGAUCAAACCGCAUCCAUAAUCCGGGAGAUCAGGGUGGAUAUGGAGAUGCAGGAAGCUCCGAGGGACCUCUCCCGACAUUCUGGACAGGACUGCCAGCAGCGCGUCGAGAGGGGCUUCGCGGAGGACGGCAGCGCCCAGCGCGUCCAUCACAACGCCGCGAGCCGCACGCACGACGCCGCCGCGGCCGGCCCGGCGCGCGACGGCGGUGGCGAGCCGGGCAGGAGGCGAAACUCAAUCACGCCGCCAGAGGUGUUCCGGUCGGCGAUGCCCCAGGACAAGCACGCCCACACGACGCCCGAAGUGUUCGAGCCGGGUCGUCGGUCUUGGAGAAGCAAGGUGGAUAGCACGCUGGAGUCGCACCGCAUGGACAACACCAGUGCGACGCUGGCCCGCGCGGAGAGCUGCUUCGAGCAGUGGCAGAACAUGGAGGAAGUGGAGCGCCGCCGUACCGUGGACCUGAUCGUCAGGAGUAGAAUGUUCCAGUCCGUGGUCCUUGGCGUGAUAAUGCUGAACAUGCUGUUCCUGGCAGCAGCUGUCAAUUACGAGAUCGCCAGUGGACGAGAUCUGACGGCGGAUAACCAGCUAGCUUUCGUUGUGAAGUAUUUGUUUAUGGUGUUCUAUUUCGUGGAGAUGAUUCUACGAAUGACAUCAGAGG